GUCGCUGCCCCGCCAUGGCCACUGAGACCGAGCCCGGCCGCCGCCGCCGCUGCUGCUGCGCGCAGGACGCGCCCGAUGUCCCCAAGGCCACCGAGCCCCGGGGUGACAGCGAUGGCCCCCGCCGGGGCUCCCUCUGCGACCGGCACUGCGCCGCCAUCAACAACAUGCAGGGUGACCUGGGCGACCUGGGGUGUCACCUGCACCGGCCCCGUGUCCCCCCAGCCAUGUCCCCCCUGUCCUGCUGCCACCAGCACUCGGAGGAGGUCUGUGAGAGCUGCGUGGUGAAAACCACCCUCACGGCCGAGAACGCUGUGGAGGCCAACAAGCUCUCCAACAACUACAAGUUUGGCUUCAAGAAGUGGAAGAGCCAUGUGACGGCGCGGCCAUGGGAGGACCGGUCUGAGAUAGUCAAGGAGCUCUACUCUGACCUCAACGUCAUCCGGGGCUCUGGAGGGUCCACGGUGACGUGUGGGAACAUCCUUUACCUGCUGCUCUUUGGCUGGUGGCUCUCGCUCUUCUAUGGCAUCGUGGCUGCCAUGAUGUUCAUCACUGUUGUGGGGGCUCCUUAUGGGCAGCUCUGCUGGGACCUGGCUGGGUAUUUCCUCUGGCCCUUUGGCAAAGUGAUCCAGAGAGUGGAGGUCCCCAAAUCCCACCGUGUGUGUGAAGCUGGUGCAGAGGAGAGCUCACCCCUGCUCGGUGGCCCCGUGCCCCACCGCUGGCACCCAUGGUGCUGGGGGGACACUGGAUACUGGCAGCGUGCUGGCGCCGUGGCCUGGCUGUGCCUGGGCUACCCGGUGCUGCUGGUGGCCCACGGGCUGGUGAGUGUCGCCGCGUGGCUCCUCGUCUUCCUCAUCCCCGUGGCCAAGCUGAGCGCCCGCACGGCUGCCCGCGUCCUGCUGCUGCCCCCGGAGCGGGUGCUCGUCCGGCGCCUCCGCAAGACGGAGGUGCCGCUGGAAGGGGAGGUGAUUCUCUGCUGCUACAGCGCCGUCAACCCCUACUACUACAAGUACGCUGUGGAUGGCAUCAAUGUGUUUGCUGUCAACCUGCUGCCGCUGGUGCUGGUGACGCUGGUGCUGGGCUACGUGGACAGCCACAACCGCCUGACCAGCUCCUCCGUCAAGUUCACAUUGGCUUUGCUCUCCAUCAUGCCUCUCUCCUACUACAUCGGGAUGGCCAUCGCCAGCAUCUCAGCCCAGAGCAACUUUGCGGUGGGAGCGGUGGUGAACGCCACGUUCGGCUCCAUCACGGAGCUCACCUUCUACAUCACGGCCCUCAUCAAGGGCUCUCGUGAGGGCAACCGCUGCUACACCGAGAUCGUCAAGUCGGCGCUGACGGGGACGCUGGUGGGCUGCGUCCUCUUCGUCCCGGGUCUGUGUAUGGUGAUCGGGGGCAUCCGGCACCAGGAGCAGCGGUUCAACAGCCGCUCGGCGGGGGUCAGCUCAGCCCUGCUCUUCCUCUCUGUGGGAGGUGUCUUUGCCCCGACGCUCUUCUCCAAGGUCUAUGGGAAGCUGGUCUGUGGCGAGUGCCACAACGUCACCCAGAACCCGCUGGGCCACUACCUGUGCCACAACUGUCACUUUGACCUGAUGGAUAACAACGGCACCCUCUACUACAGCCACGUCCAACCCCUGGUGUACACAGUGUCCCUCCUGCUCCCCGCUGCCUACCUCAUCGGCCUCUUCUUCACCCUGAAAACUCACUCGCACAUCUACGACAUCCACAUCAGCGACUGUCACAUGCCCGGCCACCACCACAGCGCUGUGGUGCACUGGUCCCGCUGGCGGGCCCUGGUCAUCCUCCUGCUCUCCACCCUCUGCAUGUCAGCCUGUGCUGACCUGGCCACGGAGCACAUCAGCCCCAUCCUCUCCAACUCCACCAUCUCGCAGUACUUCAUCGGUGUCACUGUGCUGGCGAUGGUGCCGGAGCUGCCAGAGAUUGUCAAUGGCAUCCAGUUUGCUUUGCAGAACAACCUGAGCUUGAGCAUUGAGAUUGGGAACUGCAUCGCCGUCCAGGUCUGCAUGCUCCAGAUCCCCAUCCUGGUGCUCUUCACCAUCUUCUAUCCCACCAACUUCACACUUGUCUUCAGCGACCUCCAUGUCUACGCCAGCAUGUUCAGCGUGGUGCUCAUGAACUACAUCUUCAUGGAUGGCAAAUGUGACUACUUCCAAGGUGACCAUUCACCCAGGAGGUUGCUGUGGGGACGUGGUGUAACCACUUUCCUUGUGCUGGAUAUGGCCCUGGGGUCAUCUUCUUACUGCAGCUCUUGACCUGUGGUGACUUGAGCAAUUCUGGGGUCUUGGUUGACCAUCUUGGAGGUGCUGGGUCAGGGUUGGAGCUGCCACCUUGCAGGGAUCACUCCUUUUUCAUCCUUAAGAGAGAGUUUAAACCCCUUUUAAUCGAGGUUUUGCAAAGGACCAUGGAAGCCUCCUACAGUGGGUUAAUCCAGACCAUACCAGAAGGUCUUAAAAGCAACCUCCCUCCUUGCUCCAGGUUGUAACCCCUCCACCCUGCUCUGUCUCCCCUAGGCACGGUGCUGGUGAUGGUCUACUUCAUCCUCCUGGCUGUGUAUUUCUUCGCCCCAUCGCCCAGUGGUUGCUGAGGUUUGGACUCUGCUUUCUCCAACCCUCUCGUUGGGUUCAGCACCUCUCCAGGUGUGAUCCAGUGUCUCAGGGACUCAGCUGGGCUGGCUCCAGGCUGGAAACAUCAUCUGCUGAAGCUCCUGCUGCUGCUUGGCUCCCCCCAUGGGUGCCAAUGGGGCUUCAGUGAUGGGAAGAGUGGUGGCAAUGGAAGCACUCCUGAUCCAAGAAGGAACCACGAUGCCAGAGCACUUCACAGGGGUAUUUCCAGCCCACGCUGGUGUGGUUGGAAGAAAAAUGGUCCUUAGUGGAGGGUCUUGAAGGGGGUUUUGUGUGGUCUCAAGGACAGAUCCCUCCCUUAGGAUGUGUUGCACUGGGAGAAGGUGCCUGAGAGGAGCCUCUCGCCCUUCAUGCAGUGGGUGAUGCCAGGCCUGGAAGGGGCUCGGGUCUGAGGAAUCACACAGGGCUUCUUGAUGGCACUAGAAAUGCACCAAAAAGUGGUUUUGAGCUCUUUUUGUCACUAAAGCAGUUUUGUACAAACCAGAAACAAGUUUGUUUCUUCUUACAUGAGCCUUUGGUCACUUGGCCAGGCCCCUACAACGCAGGAUGGGGAUGGUCUUGGGGUGGUGGCCACUUGGUGACCAAUGAUG